CUUGGCUGCCUGGGGGCGGAGUGGUCACUAAGGAUUUAAAGAACUGCCACUUCCUUGGGCCCCCAGAGGGCACUGGAAGGUCAUCGCUGUCGCUGUGAGGGAAACCCAGUGGCGUGAACCUCCACCCUCCUUGCCUAAGCCAUGCAUCUCUGUGGGGCCGACGGGCUGCUAAUCGUGAUGGACCCUGAGCAGCAUCAGAGACAGCUGAAGAAGAAACAGAAGAACCGGGUGGCCGCCCGGCGCAGCCGGCAGAAGCACACAGACAGGGCGGAUGCCCUGCACCAGCAGCAUGAGUCCCUGGAGAAACACAACCACAGCCUGAGGAAGGAGAUCCAGGCCCUGCAGGCCGAGCUGGUGCAGUGGAGCAGGACCCUCCAGUUGCAUGAGCGCUUGUGCCCCAUGGACUAUGCCUCUUGCUCAACUCUGGUGCCCCCUGACUGCUGGGACCAGGCCAAGGGAUCCCCAGGCCUUGUGCCUCAUGGACCACAUGGCCACCAGGAACAGCUGGGCCUGGUUCAGACCCCCAUCUCCUCCCCACCAGCUCAGCACCUCUCUCCAGAUCCACAGCCUCAUGAUUCCCCUAGUCCCCUCCCAUCUCCUCUGCCUUUGCAGUUCCUUGACCCCACUGUGGCAGCCACACCGCCUGCCAAACCAUCUCCCAACUCUGUCCUGUCUGCCUUGUUCACUGGCUCCAGCUUACGGAGGUCCUCCCCUGGGCCCAGUGCACUCUUGCCCAGCCCUGCAGCCCAACCUGCCUCAGCACAGCCUCAUGAUCUGGAGCACCUCACUGGGGGAAGGCCAGGAUCUUCUCCCCACAGCCCUUCAUCAGCUCUGGGGCUCACACAUCUGCAGAGCAGGGAGCACAGGCCUGUUUCCUCGGCAGCUGAUCGGCAAGGGCUGGGUGUGGAUGCCAGCACCUUCCCUCUCCUGGCCUUCCCACUGCUCUCCUCUGCUCAAGUUCACUUCUAACCUUUCCCUGGAGCUGGGCUGUCCCCCUCCUUGGGCUCAGGAAGCAGCCCCAGCACAUGGGUAUCUACCCCCAUGGCUCCUCCUGCAGGAAGGAGGCUGCCCUUCUUGUUGACCAGCUCGCCCUUUGCCCAGGAUUUCGCAGGGAGAAAGGAAGCUGUCACUGAGUGAUGGGGGCUGACACUGUCACCACCACUGUUUUAGUCCUUUCUCACAGUUACCCUGCAACAUCAAGAUUUUCACUCUGAUUUUCAGAUAAGGAAAGAGGCUCAGAAAAGCUAAGUGACAUGCCCAAAGUCACACAGCCUGUCUUGGGCUCUGAAACACUACUGUCUACUCCUCUGUCGCGGUGGGAUCCUGGCCCAGGUGCCGUCAGGGCUGUAGUCCUGGAAACCGAGGCCUGAUUUGAGGAGAUUUGCAUGCUGGGAACAGAGAGGGGUUCUUCCCUCUCUCUCCAUUUUCAGAACCAGAUGCCUGCAGUCCCAGAAACCCCAGUCUAGCUGAGGCCAGCCAGCCCAGUGUCUGGCUGGGGAGAAGCCAAGUGGAAACCCAUGACUAGACACUUUCUUCCUCUAGGAGUGUUUUCAGU